AUGCGUCAAAGCCGAGAUGUGCAGAUCGAGUCAACUAUUCAGAUCAAAGCUAAAGUUGCGAAGCAGUCCUGGUGGGAUAUGGACUGUUCACUUAAUGGUCAAGAAACAGUCAUUUCUUUCUACCUGGACAGAAUCCUGAUCAUGAUCGGCUACACAGAUACGCACACGAAGAAGAUGAUAAAUUUCAGAAACACGGCAUGGGGCUUCUUAAACUGCCCAGCUAUUGUGCUCUUCUCGCCGCGGUUUGAGCAUCGGACAAUGUUCCUUACUGGAGCAUAUGGCUUGCUUAAAGCCUUCAUAGCUGUGGAGAAGACGACUUAUUCCGAGGGUGGAGAUUACCGUAGUAGUGGCGAGAAAUGUACUGAUAUCGUGGUUGAUGUGGAGGAGGCUGUGCCGGAGAAGAAGUGA